AUGGGCCUCCGAGCGAUGAUCCUGCGGAUAUCUUUGACGUUAUCUGCCAUGAGCUCCAUCGACAUGUGCUGCGGUUUCACUGGCUUCAGUCACUGCCCUUUUGCCCUGCGGUCGGGCGGGCGCCUUGUUUCAAGCUACACUCACAAGAAGACUCAGCUGUCUGCUGCAAGAAGACUCAACACUUUGAGCUCGGGAGUCCUCAGCCUCAAGGCAGAAGAAAAGUUCGGAAGAGGUCUUAAAGCGAAGAUGAAAGAAGGACACUCUUUGGUCUACGACUACGUUGAUGGGAGCAGCCCGGUUAUCGUCUACCUGCCUGCGUUCAAUCAGUCCAGAAUCACCUCAAAGUCUUCUGCUCUCCAGACCUGGGCGAAACGCAAUGGGAAGGCUUUCUUCUCGGCAGACUACUAUGGAUGCGGGAAGAGUGAUGGGAAAUUUGAAGACGGGACCCUGACGAUGUGGACCAACGACAUGAUCACUCUGAUCGAAGAUGUUAUCAAAAAGCCUGUGCUCCUUGUUGGCUCUGGUGUGGGUGGUUGGGUUGGCCUGCAUCUUGCUAUGAAGAGAAAAAACCUUGUGCCUGCAUUCCCGCUCGCCCGAUUCGCAACUGACGUGUCAAACAAGGUGAGGGGCUUGGUUGGGAUUGCAGCGGAUCCAGACUUCACCACAGAUGUUGUCUUGCCGGAGCUAGAUGACACCGUAAAGGAGAAGAUUCAGAAAGAUGGAUCUGCCAUGAUCUCAUGGGGCGUGUCUGAGUAUACCAUCUCCAAGAAGUUCAUCGAUGAUUCAAAGAACAUGCUUCUCCUCCCUGGUGGGUCGGAGAGUCUUGACAUCAAGUGUCCGGUUCGGCUCAUUCAGGGUUUGAGCGACGAGGAGAUCCCUCCCGACAGGGCGUUGAGAAUAUCCGAGGCCAUCAAGUCUGACGAUGUGGUGGUGUACUACGUCAAGGAUGGCGACCACUUCCUGGAUCAGGAUGAAGACAUCAGCAGGAUGAUCGACCAGGUGCAAGAGAUGUGCUCGAAGUACUUCGAGUUCGACCUCACCUCCCCCGGGAGCGGCUGA